AUGCACCCUCACGACGGGCGGCUCCGCGAGCUGCUGAAGUCCUUCCCGCUAAGCCUCUGCGACGAGAGCGCCUGCCGCCGCCACAUCGCGUCGGCAGCAUUCCGCCACGCCCCAAACCUCACAUCUGCGUGUGGCGAGGAGCUCGGCGCUAUGGCGAGUGAUGCGGCGAAGGAGGAGGACCUCGCACUCACCCUCAAGUGGCUGUUUGACGAGGCGGAGGUGCGCGCCGGCUCUGCCAGUGCCACAGGCCCGGCGGCUCGCGUGGUCCGAAGUUCACUCUUUGUUGUCUUUGUGAUGCUCCUUCAUGCGGCCCUGAUGCACGCGCCUCCGUCGGUGGCUGCCCGGCACGCCGAGGGUGCACUGCGUUGCCUCCACCGCCUGGCUGCUGGCGCGGUGCAGCUCCCCGAGCUGGACGAGCUCACGCAGCGGCUGCUGCCGGCCCUGUCGCCUGGUCGCCUCGCGCCGCUGCUCGAGGAGCUGCUCGAGACGUCCCGUCUGUCGGCCGCGGCACUCGCCCUGCGGGCGCGGGCGGUGGUCGGCGCGCUGCUCGAGGUCGCGCGGGGCCUCCUGGGAGAGGAGGCGGCAGUGGCAGGUGGCGGCGAGGGAAGGGAGGGGGAGGAGGCCGCAGCCACUAGCGCCGUCGCCACCGCCGCGUGCUCGCUCGCCUUCGAGCUCCUGCCUUUGGUGGCGGACCCGCUGCUGCCCGAGCUGCAACACGGCGCCCUCGCCCUCGCCCUCGCCGCCCCUCAGCCGUGGCAGCGGGAACGGUGCCUGUCACAGCUCCGCGACGCCGUCUGCUCCUCGCACAACCACGCGCGCAAGCCAGGGCUGGUCCGAUGGAUGCUCGAGGCGAGAGAGCGCGUCGUCGGCGCCUGCGCCCGCCUGGUCGGCGCACGGGCCACGGCGGCGUCCGGUGUGAUACCAUCAUUUGACAGAUGCCUACUCAAAGCUAAAAAUAGUUCCUCCGCCUCGCUAUAG